UUAAUUUUCGUUUUGGCUUUGGCGUGGAUCGCAUCGUAUCGGAUCGGAUCGGUUGGCCAUAGUCUCCCCGAAUAUACAAGCCCAUUGUACAUACACAUAAGUGUGUAUUUAUACGCCGGAUUUUGAAUUCGGAUUUCGGACUCGGACAGUGCGAGUGCAGCGGAAAAACUGAACGAAAGAAAAAAAAAAGUGGAGAAAAGUGCUCGUGACUGGAAUUCCGCAUUUGUUUACCAUUGUGUGUUUGUGUUUCCAUUGCUAUUUGUGUGUCCGUUGCUCUGGAAAAGGGAAAACAAUCGAGAUUGGAUCAACAAGAUUGCUGCGCGCCAUCUAGCGGUCAGAUUGGCUCGCCAUCCCAUGAAUGUGUCCAAAACUUUGACGUAUCCGCCGGAAGCACCUUAACUGGCCAUAACAAGUGCAAAGCCCAGCAGGUGAAGAGACUCCUCCGAAAUCGAAGGGGCUUGGGCUUGAGUGGAAAAGAAGCCCCCACCGAAGACUUUUCCAGCAAUUAUUAAACGGAAGGAAUCGUAAUGUCUGUGGACAACCCGUAUUACUUUUGCAAUGAUACCAAAUCGCCGCGCACCCCGGACUCGCAGUCCUCCAGCCGGGGAUUCUCGAUCUUCAAGCGGCGCAACUCGAAGGGCAGCAGCCCCCGGCCGCUGGUGAUGACCAAUCCGGAGCAGAUGCGACUGAUCACAUCCGCCAAUCUGGACACCACGGCCACCAUGGCAUUGGGAAGUCCGCGGGGCAGCUUCAACUCCCUCGCCGGCUAUCCGCAACACGCGAUUGAACUGCAGACGAUGAACAUGUACCGCCAGCGAUCUUCGAAUUCGCACUCGGAGUUCCGGGAACGCCUGAAUUCGUGCAACGAGACCCACAGCUCCCAGUGUCCCGGAGGAGGAGGAGGAGGUGCAUCCGUAGCCGGAGAUCACGACGAGGUCUUCAAUCCGCUGACAUCGCCAACAAGUAGCAAAUCCCAUCGACAUCACACCCUGCCAAGUGGCGGAGCUCGUCGCCAUUCCCUGGGAAACUGGGCCCAACAUCAGCAUCAACAGCAGCAUCAGCAGCAUCAGCAUCAAAACUCUGGAGCAAUGGGACUGGGAUCCCCGGAUGAGGUGCCCAGCAUGAUGGCGCCCCGUCCGCCGCUCCUUUCGCCAAACAAAUUCCGCGGCAGCUCCCAUCGACGAAGAGACAACUGCGGCAACGUGAACAACACGAGUGGAUCGAGUGCAUCCGGAUUCCUGGGCUCACCCGGCUACAACAUGGACGACAUCCUGAUCAUCACCGCCAAGCACAGCGAGCGCGCCUAUUUAAGGGCCACUUUCCUGAAGAACCACUUCGACAAAAUCACCAAACAGCGCGGACGGAAACCAUUCAAUUUUCUGCACAUCAAAAUUGACGAUGGUCCCUUCAGCGAGGAGAUUGCCCACAAGUACCAGAACACAGCAUUGCAGAUUGUGAUCCUCUGCCCCGCCCUGCUGGCCCUCCCACACAGCUUCCUGAUGACCCAGCUAUCGGCCAUCAUCCGCGUGGAGAAGGUCCUGGCCAUUUUGCUGGAUGUGAGCGAGGAUAAGGUGAAGGAGAUGCACAAGUCGGCGCUGCCCAGUUACUACAAGUGGCGGCGGUGUGUGGUGCGCGACAAUGACCAGGUGCAGAUCAGCAAUAUCCUGGGCAUAGCCACCGAUAUUCUGGGACGUGCGCUGUGCCAGCGUCCGCCGUGCCAGGAUAGCUCCGGCGGAGGAGGCAGUGGUCUCUCGCGCAGCUUCUCCAGCUGCACCGAGGGAUUCACUGUGCUGCCCAAGAAGGUGAAGCUGGGCCAGAACAAGGUGGUCGCUCUGCUGGCGGAACCGCUGGAGAAGAACGACACCCUGAAGCUCUUGGUGGAAAAGUCCGGUGAGCUGAUCGAGCUGCGCAACUUCAAGUGCCGCAAUCCCUACACCCUGCAGUUUAACAUCCCGGAGGCCUGCAUGGAGAUCUCCACCAUGAUCGAGAUCCGCAUCGAGAAGAACAACAAGAGCCUGGGUGCCAGGCCCAUCAAGUGCGAGAGUCGUCUGCGCGAACUGGAGCAGCUGCUGCGGAUCGAGGACUCCCCCAUUGAGUUCAUGUGCCAUGCCCUCGGAAUUGGGCCCGUGGAGCGGGAUGCCCUCGAUCAGCACUUGCUGCAGUGCUUCCAGCGCAACAUGCCGCCCAACUUCCACCUGCUGAGUGGUCCCAGCGAGCGCCAGCCACACUUCUUCACCCGGCUGGAGUCCAGUCCCGAGGAGUACCCCACAUUGCUGCACUUCGCUGCCAGAUGGGGCCUGAAUCGCCUCUGCAUCCAGCUGAUGGAGUGUCCAGGUGGCGACACCGCCUGCGGUGUACGAAACUGCGCCGGACGCACGCCGGCCGAGUUGGCCGAGCAGGAGGGUCAUCACAAGUUGGCCCAGAACAUUGUCAGCUUCGCAGAGUUCCACGAACUGACGACCAUGUACCAUUACUUCAAGGGAGUGACUCCGCCAGGCGAGAGCUGCCCCAAGCCCAGUGCCAAUGUGGUGAUUGAAGCCAAUCCGGUCAAGGCCGGAAAGAGCAGCAAGCCUCCGAAGGAACUGCCCACGGCGGAGUACAUGGAGAUGUCCAGUGGAUCGGAGCGGGAAAAUACACCUGAAGUGAGGCCCAAAACGGAGACCCUUGCUAUCUCGAAUCUCAACUACAUAAGUGUGGAAACCGAGGACGAAAACCUGCAGGCAUCCGUGUUCGAAAAGAAGGUGGAAUCUGAGAAGAAACUGCCGGAGGCUGGCAACCAGCCAGGCCCGGAAAAGACCACUAACGAAUUGAGGAUCAACGAGCCACCCUACUAUCAGUCCAAGGAGCAGAACCAGCAGCCCAAGGAACUCCAGAACCAGAGCAAAUCCCUAGACGAGGUGGAUGCGGGGCCACUCUAUCAGACCGACAAAUUCAGCCAAGAGUGCUCGCAACUUUUGGAAAACCAACUGGGCAACGACUAUGUGUUGCAGCCCUCCAAUGUGCCGGUGGCCCAGGAUGAUGGCAACUACUUGUUCCAGCCCUCCAAUCGGCCCGUGGAGGAGCCCCUCCGGAUGAGCCGCUGCGCCAACAGACAGCCCGGCUAUGGAACACUGAAGCGCAGCGCCAGCGACGCCUCCGCCGCCAGUCACACCCGGUCCAAUGCCGACGAUGAGCUGGCCGAGAUUAUGCACGACUUCAAGAACAACGUGCUCUCCAUUCGGGAUGUGGAAGUGCUGGUGGAGCGCUGGAAGCACCGCAACGAUGUGCAGCAAAGCUUCCGGGAGAAGCAGGACCAGAUCGACCAGCUGCGACGCGAGUACGAGCGCAUCCAGGAGCAGGUGAAGUCGCAUCUAAAGCGCGAAACGCCCUUCGAGCGCAUCAAGAAGUUCUUCUUGCGCUCCAAGACACCUGGCGGAAACGACAGUCUGCUGGACGAGACCAAGUCAUCGAUAGCCACCAGCUGCAGCUUCAAGUCCGCAGGUGGCGUGAGCUCCAGCGCGGCAGCAGGACGUCCCAUCAGUUCGCUGAGCCUGCAGAGCGUGUCCAGCUCGAGUUCAUCAUCCGGCCGACUGAGCACCGGCAGCAAUUGCAGUGGUGCCUCGCUGGGCGAUUCGGGCACGCACUCGGAUCACGAGGACCGUCGCUUUCCCCACUGCCGGAUGAUGGACAACUACAUGGUGCCGCCGACACCAAGGCCCGUCUUUACGCCGAGUUCAACGCCCGGCGAUGAGCGUCAUCAGAUUGUCUUCCCCUCGCCCAUGUCCAGUUGCCAGCGCUUGAACACACCCACCAGUCCCACGGGAUCCGAACACUACCAGAUGUUCCCCUCGAACAUACCGGUGUACGGCAGCCAGCCGCUGGUUGGAUCGCAGAGCAGCAACUACCUGAACACCAUCAUGGAGGCCAAGGAGCAGGCGGAGACACAGCACUACCAAAAUCAAAACGGAGUCACCCUGCAGCCCAUCAAGCUCAACGAGCGAUCGAACAUCAUCUACGGCAAGCUGACCAAGAGCAGCUCCGCCACCGGAUGCAGCUCCUUCAAGCCCAAGCAGAUCCCAGUCCCCUGUCCCCAGGUGGGCAGCAUCGAGGUCCAGGCCGAGGUCUACCAGAAUGUGGGUGACGUUGCUCCCGAAAAGGAGUCCAAGGCAGAGGAGCAGGCGCCAAACUACAUGAACUGCUAGGCCAGCCAAAACGACACAUAUUGCAAUCGAAAGAUUCGAAAGAUUUUUUGACAUAUUGGUAUUCAUUCAAUUUACAAGCGAGAUUUGAACUUUGAACGGAAUCGAAAUCCUUAAUAUUUGCUUAGUCUGUAAGCUCAUCCAUUGCAUACUAAAUGAAAGGAUAAAAUGAGUAUGAACUAGUUAUCGGUAUUCUAAUUUUAUGUUUAAGAUAUUCGAGCAAGUACCUUGGGCCUUUGAAGUUUUACACACUGAAAUUGGACAGUGAAAACAUCAGAGGUCUCAGGAUCACUUCGGAUUACUUGUAUUAUCUGUGUAGUCUUCGGUUUCAGCGACUAAUUGUACAUUUGUGAAACGAUUGCAAGCAACCAAAUCAACAUAUCGCUAGCGUUUAAGUGUAGAUCCUAAGUCGAUACCAACAAACCAAGCAGCUGACAUAUCAACGCGAUUCAUCCAAACUCCAGGAAUCCCACAUUUAGCGCUAAGAAUUCCACCUCUGCCAUGCCGCAAAGCAUGAAAAACUCGUUCAUUCUCCACUACCCCCACCCCCACCCCCACAAAGUUAAACGCAAUAAAUUUUUUUAUAUAUAAGCAAA